CUGUAUCAUUUAUGUGCUGAAUUACCCAAAUUACCCUUCCCCCCCUCCGCCAUCGUCGAUCAGCAGCGCCCGCCCCAGUCAACCGCGCGACCACAGGCCCAUAUAAGAUUCCUGAACCAAUUUGUGAAUUCACAAUUGCCGCUGUUUUGCUCUAAAAAUUUCACAGGUGAUUAUUGAUCAUUUAGUCUGAUUUCUCCCAGAUUGCAUUUCGUUGACAGUGCACUUCAAUCGAUACUCUUUCGAGGUUCUCCAAUUUUUGAGGUCGAGAGGAUCGUAAAGGAGUGGGCUAUGGCGCCUCCACCGAUUUUGUCUUUAGCUCUGCCGUCGGAGACGGGGCGGGUUCUCAGUAUUCAGUCUCAUACUGUUCAGGGAUAUGUGGGCAACAAAUCAGCUGUUUUCCCACUACAACUGCUCGGAUAUGACGUAGAUCCAAUAAAUUCUGUGCAGUUCUCAAACCACACAGGAUAUCCUACUUUCAAGGGUCAAGUUUUGAAUGGAGACCAACUUUGGGAUUUGGUGGAGGGCCUUGAAGCCAAUGGCUUAUUGUACUAUACACACCUGCUUACAGGUUAUAUUGGUUCAGUUUCCUUCUUGAAUACUGUUCUGAAAGUAGUCAAUAAGCUUAGGUCUGUCAACCCUGGACUCACAUAUGUGUGUGAUCCAGUGAUGGGGGAUGAAGGAAAGCUCUAUGUGCCUCAAGAGCUAGUUUCUGUGUAUAAAGAGAAGGUUGUUCCCGUUGCUUCUAUGUUGACUCCAAAUCAAUUUGAGGCUGAACUGUUGACAGGCUCCAGUAUUGUGUCUGAAGAAGAUGGCCGGGAAGCAUGCAACAUGCUUCAUGCAGCUGGAACAUCCAAGGUUGUCAUAACGAGCAUAGCAAUGAAUGGUGAACUUCUUUUGAUUGGAAGUCAUAAGAAAGAGAAGGAUGACCCUCCCAUGCAGUUCCGCAUUUCACUUCCCAAAAUCCCUGCAUAUUUCACGGGAACUGGAGAUCUUAUGACUGCACUUCUUCUUGGAUGGAGCAAUAAGUAUCCCGAUAACCUCGACAAAGCUGCAGAGCUAUCUGUAUCAAGCUUACAGGCACUUCUGGUUAGGACCAUUGAUGAUUAUACAAAGGCUGGGCAUGAUUGCCAGUCAAGCAGUUUAGAGAUUCGUUUGAUUCAAAGUCAGGAUGAUAUUCGAAACCCUGAAAUCAAAUUCCAUGCUGAGAAGUACCCAUAAAUAUAUAUAUAUAUAUAUAUACAUAUAAAUUCCCUCCCUGCUAAUAUGAUGUUUCUGAAUUUAUAUAUAUCUCAGAAAUCAGAAUCUUGAUAUGAGAAAACAUGAAAUAUAAGACUUUAUAUGGGUAUGCCAUGUAUUUUAAAGGUGGUUUCUGAUC